GUUUUGCCAGGUUGUUUCCGCACGUGACCUGGGGAAUGCAACUCUGUACGAGCUGGAGGAAGAAGAAGAACAUCAUCCACAAUGCACCAGGUCUACGUUCAGGUUUGAUGAGGUGUCAUGGCGCUACUGUUGUCCUUGUGCCACAAUAUGCAUCACCAUUGCUUGUUAGCUUUGAGGAGUCCAAGAACACAUGUGCACAUAGUACGACUGUACUGUUCACCAGCCUCCAAGAGGCCUGAGGCUAACAUCCCAAUGGAAGUGGCUACAAGUCUUCUCCAUCGCUUAACAGAAGCUGGGAAGGUCUUGGGAAGGAACUCCCUUCAGAGAAUCUCUGCAGCUACCCGAAACUGGUGGGAGAAAUACGAGGAGUUUGUUGGAAUCAAUGAAGUUCGAGAGGCUCAGGGAAACGUGACAGAGGCUGAGAAAAAGUUUAUGGUAGCUCGAGGGAUUGUACGAGAAGCUCGCGAAACCUGGGAGUCCCAGCAGGUCAAACUGAAGGACAUUCGGGAUCGUUUAGACAGAGUCUCGCGGGAUGACAGUCAGUACCUGGAGCUGGCAACCCUGGAGCACAGGCUACUGCAGGAAGAGAAGAGGUACCGAGCCACCUACCUAACCGCUGAGGAAUCUGAGCGAGAAACGUUUUCUCUCUUCUCUGCUGCCGUGAGGGAAAGCCAUGAGAAAGAGCGAACGAGAGCUGAGAAAACAAAGAACUGGUCCAUUAUCGGCUCCGUGCUGGGGGCCAUUAUUGGCGUCCUUGGCUCCACCUACGUCAACCGCGUUAGGCUGCAGGAGUUGAAAGCCUUGGUUCUCGAAGCGCAGAAGGGACCGAUAAGCCUCCAGGAAGCCAUCCGAGAACAGGCCUCGAGCCACGACUCCCAACAGAGGGAUCUAAGCGAUCUUAUUGGCAGCCUGAAGAGCAUCCUGGAUGUUGCGACUGUGAUGUCGCAGGAAGCGAAGGAGGGGGCCGCCUCAUCCAAAGGCAGCCCGAGCUCCUCUCUAAAAACGGACCCUCUCUUAGUUUCCCUUAAAGAACAGCUGAGCCACUCCAAACAAAUGAGUUCGUUGCUCGGAAGUGUGCAACAGCAGCUUAGUAACCUGGAAAAAAGUUUCGGGGAAAUGGCUUCCGAGGUACAGAACAUAAAGAGUGCAGCCCCUCCCACUCCCGGGGAAAGGGUAUUACUUGCCCCUUCUGUGGAAGGGAACAGUCAGUCCUGGGAGGUUCAGGAUGUGGUUCUAGAGCUGUGCAACACAGAGAGGAGACUGGAAGCCCAAAUGAAGAGGAACUCGAUCUACAGCACAGCCUUCACAUGCACUGUCUUUGCUGUUGCACUUCCUGCCCUGUACAUACUCCUCAAGGGUAAUUGAGCCUAAAAAACCCCCCAUGUGUUGGAGUAAUAAAAUGACAUUCCCUGAGCUCCAAUGGGUCCGUCUUGUAUCCCUUUUUA